UCUGCCGGGUAGUAAGUCAUAACAACCGCUCUCACGCUCGUCACAAGAUCCAUACUCCUCUUCGUGGAUACCAGUGACUAUCUCUCUGCCUCUAAGGAAUCUAACUCCUGUGAUUAUACUUCUUGCUUGUGCAUUGAGACCAUCUAUAUCAGCAAUCAUGCUUACUUCAUCUGGAUACCAACAAAUGGACAUGUGCUCUAACAGACCUAGGACUGCCAAGCACCUUACAGAACGCAAAAGGCGAGCUCGAAUCAACGACAGCCUCCUUCAACUGAAGAGUAUGGUCUUCCCAGUCAUCAAAAAAGAUAUCUCUAGACAUCCUAAAAUGGAAAAAGCUGACAUCCUGGAGAUGACUGUUCGAUAUUUGAAAGACGUCCAGACCCCAGAACAGGGCGAGUCAAAAGGCCAGGUUACCACAUACCACGCUGGAUUUACAGAAUGCCUGAGCGAGGUAUCAACCUUCAUGUCCAAUUGCGAGAGCAUCGACAUUGAAACCCGUCUUCGCCUCCUCGGUCAUCUAGCUGAUCGUUGCAGUACCAUCAACGAUGCCGACCAGAAACCUGACGUGUCACGACUUCAACCAGCUCAGACACAACAACAACAACAACGUGUGCCAUCACCAGUCACAGUUCCCCAGCAACAGACCCGAGUUGCUGCUCCCAGUCCCAUUUCCAUCCCAGCAACAUCGCCAGUCCAGCAGUUUGCUACCACACCAAACGGCAUGGUUCUCCUCCUCCCAGCCCACACCGUCCAGCACAACUCGGUCAUCUCGGUUCGAGUCCCACUUAGCAGCGACGGUGUCCUGACCCCACCACAGUCACCGAUGUCCCCCGAGCCAACCAUGACCCGCUUCACACCAUCACCCGUCGACAUCAAGCCCUCCAAGACCGCCCUGAACACCAAGCACCACCGCUUCGCUCCAUACCAGAAGCACGCCAUCAAGGCAUCCGAGAAAUCGAUGUGGAGACCGUGGUAGAAUCCAUCUCAACCCAUCCCAUCUUAAAGACUUUCAUCUUAAGUACUAAUGUGCCUUGAACUUUCAUAAACGUGUUCUGACGCUCUGUAUACAUCGUGGAGGGAAAUUGCGGGAAUCGAUGUGAACUUUGUCAAAAUAACGACUUCAUCCAGAAGAAGUGCCUGCCAGCACAAGUUAUGUUCAUCCCUAAAACUAUAAGACUAUUUUUCUACUGAUAUAUGUUUAUUUUCUUGUACAAGAUUGAGAUAUAAUUGAUAACGAUGAAUUGUGUUGAUUGUCGCCGGUCGAUAUAAGCCAAUUGCUAUAUGAAAAAAAACAAAAAAUCAAAUUAAAAAAACAAAACAUAAACUUUUAAA